AUGAAGACCUCUAUCGCCUUCCUGGCCCCUAUAGUCAUCCUCUCCUUUUCGAAACUCGUUGCUGUCCAAUCCCAAUCUUCUGAUCGCAAUGGACGUGGCCAUGAUCACCAUAAUCAAAAACCCAACUUUUUGGUCUUCUUGACGGAUGACCAAGACCUCCACAUGAACUCCCUGGACUAUUUACCACUGGUCCAGAAAUAUAUCCGGGAUGAAGGCACAGAGUUCACUAACUAUUACACCACUACUGCCAUGUGUUGUCCUAGCCGUGUCUCACUCUGGUCCGGACAAUUUGCACAUAAUCAUAACGUCACGGAUGAAGCGCCUCCACAUGGUUCCUACACUAAAUUCGUGGCCCAGAACCUGGAUCAGAACUGGCUUCCGGCUUGGUUGCAAAAGCAGGGAUAUUCCAAUAAUUACAUUGGGAAAUUUAUUAACGGUGUCUCUCCAACCCUAAAGCAUGCCCCCAAGGGGUUCGAUAAGGACCAUUGGGAACCUCUCGUUGAACCUAAUAUCUAUACAUUCUAUUCUCCAACCUUUUCAACAAAUGAUGGACCUCUUGAAGCUCACUCCGGUGUUUAUCAGACAGACAUCAUUUCUGAUAAAUCCAUUGCUAUCUUGGAUGGAUUGGCUCAAAACAAAUCUCAGCCUUUCUUGUUCGUUAUCUCCCCUACAGCUCCUCAUGAUGAAGUCUGGGUCAAUGGUACUUCUGGCGUUCUCUUUACACCUCCUAUCCCUGCAAAGCGUCAUGAGGGCUUAUUCAAAAACGUUAAAGUUCCACGCGUACCCAAUUUCAACCCUGAUGUCAACGACAAGCCUUCUUGGAUCGGUGCUCUCCCCAAAUUGCCAGACUCUGAGAUUGAUCGGAUAGACGCUAAAUAUCGUGCUCGCCUUCAAUCUCUUCAAGCCACAGAUGAAUUGGUCGAGCGCGUAAUUAAGCGUCUAGAACACAAUGGGCAGCUCGAUAAUACCUACAUCGUCUAUACUACCGACAAUGGCUAUCAUUUAGGGACCCAUCGCAUGUAUGCAGGGAAACAAACUCCUUAUGAAGAGGAUACAAACAUUCCUUUCAUUAUCCGUGGACCUGGCAUCGCCAAGGGUAAGAAGAGCAGCGCUGUCGCCACACAUACCCAUUUCCCUGCUACGGUCUUGAAGUUGGCGGACCUACCUAUCCCAGAUGAAUUGGAUGCUCAUUCGAUCCCAGUUUUGGAGAACAAGGCCAUCUAUGGAAAGGAUCAGCCUACAGAGGCCUUCGCAGUCGAAUUCUGGAGCAAUGCCUUCUUUGAGGAUGCCAUCGGUCGAUUCAACACCAACGAUUACAAGUCCGUUAGGUUGAUUGGUCAAGGCUACAACCUGUUGUACACAGUUUGGUGCACCGGUGAAAGGGAAUAUUACGAUUUGGUAAAGGAUCCCUUUCAGGUGAAAAACAUUUACGAGGAGACUCCUUUUAAUGUGUUAGAUCGCCUGGAUGCUCUGUUGAACGUCUUGAGGACCUGCAAGGGUCCUACUUGUAGAGAUCCUUGGUCGGUGAUUCAUAGCGAGCACCUUGAUAACAAGGCAUUCUCCAACAAAAAGAGCCAUAAACGCGUCCGGUCCUUGAAGGAUGCUUUGGCCAAGAAAUAUGACGCUUUCUAUGCCAGCCUGCCAAAGUUCACAUUCAAAAGUUGUAUGCAGUAUUACCUUCCUGCAAACGAAAUCACCGUCCCUGCUUUUUAACACCCCAAUUCAUAGAAACAGUGGUACACUUGUGAAUAAUAGAUAAUGCAG